CCUGUUUCAAAUCAAGGCAAUCUCAGAGCUCGAAGCAUUCUGACAUCUUCUGAAUCUCGAUCUUAGCUCUAAUAUGGACUGAUCUGGACUAGAGGAUACAAUCAACAUCUACUAACCAACAGCAUAAAAUACCUUCCUGAACCCCUUGAUUUCUGAGGCCUAUGGUCCCCAGGUCUCUACCAUAAGAUCAACAAAGUGUGCCAACCCCGCGCACAAAGAAUCGACCUGUUUACCCACAAACACCACCCCACUAUUGCUCUGCCAAAGGAUUUACAAGUGGGAUACACCUAUUUGACUUAUCUUUCAAGAUGGCAAAAGAAAGCGACGCGCCCCCGUUUCCACACACGCCUGGAAAGCCUCAGGAACAUCCUUCAAGACCCCUCCCCCAGCACCCCGAAUUCGGAAAACCCUCUCCUAUCCGCCCGAGUCACCACCACCAGCAGUCUAGCAACCCUUUCAACAUUCCCAAAGCGAACCGGCCGCGUGUUGAACACCAUAGACCUAACCCUCAACAAUGGGGGGCACAGAAUCACGCGCAGAAAGCCGUGGCUCGUCAGGGCUAUGGUCCACCUGCUACACCCAGAGCUGGUGUAGCCGCUACCCCGAAGCGCAGUGAACCUUUCGAUCCUUUCAAGCCUGUUCGACCUUCGGCGUACAACAACAAUAGAAUGUCGCGUCCUGUUGACAACGAUGUCGUCGAAAUCAAACGCCCCGAGAAUUUCACAUUCAAUACCCCGCGAGCUCCCAAGACUUUCUUCACGUCGAAGCCAUCCGCGAUUAAAAUGAAUAAUAUGAAUAAUGCAAACAAGAACCUCAGGAACUUCGUCGAUCUUACAAAUGAGGGUGGCUUCAGUCCCAGUGUUCGGCCCAACAAUACUGGAUUUGGCUCAAUGGAUGUGAACGGCUAUGUCGAUACAGCUAAAGCGAAUGAGAACAUCAAGGCUUUGCUGGAAGGAGCCUUUGAGGAUGAAGAUGAUAAACCGCGUCCAAAGCCAAAGAGCAAGAAGAACAAAAAGAAGAAGGAGAAAAAGAGCAAGCAGAAGAAGGAGGAAAUGAAAACGGAGGAGAAGAAGGUGGAGAGAAAAGAGGAGAGCUCUGAAGUCGAUGACUUGGCCGCUGCGCUACAGGGAGUGUCUGUCAAUGAGACCAAGAAAACCGAAGACAAGGUGGAUGAAUCAGAGAAGGACUCAGACUCAGACUCUGAAAAAGAAGUGAAAGGAAAGGAACAAGUUGCUGAAUCCGAAUCCGAGGCCGAAGAUGAAGAUGCAGACGAGCAGGAAGACGAUGACGAAGAUGAAGAGGACGAGGAUGAUGGAACUAUCGAAGGCUUGAAGGUCAAACUACUGCCUCACCAGCGGGAGGGUGUGAACUGGAUGUGCGACAAGGAACUAGGCCAGAAAAAGUCCAAGGGAGUCCUGCCCAAGGGAGGAAUCCUCGCAGAUGACAUGGGUCUUGGAAAGACUGUUCAAGCCAUUGCUCUACUGCUCACAAAUCGGAAACCUACAAAGGAAGAACACAGCAAGCGAACGAUCAAGUCCGACGAUGACUCCGAAGACGACGAGAAGAACGACAAAAAGGCAACUAAACUGCCGCCUGGCGUGAGCAAAUCGACUCUUGUCAUUGCCCCUCUUGCGCUUAUCAAACAGUGGGAGUCGGAAAUCGCAGAGAAAGUGGAAAACUCUCACAAGCUUCGCGUAUGUGUUUAUCACGGAAAUACUCGAGCGAAGGCGAAUGAUAACCUGGAAGAUUACGAUGUGGUUAUUACAACAUAUGGAACUCUCACGUCAGAGCAUGGAGCCAUGAACAAGAAAUCUGGUAUCUUUUCUGUUUACUGGUACCGCGUCAUUUUGGAUGAAGCCCACACAAUCAAAAACCGAAAUGCGAAAGCAACUCAAUCUGCCUAUGCCUUGGAUGCAGAGUAUAGAUGGUGCUUGACAGGAACGCCUUUGCAGAAUAACCUCGACGAGCUGCAAAGUCUCAUUAAGUUCUUGCGUAUCAAGCCAUUCAAUGACCUAGCAGCCUGGAAGGAGCAGAUCAGUAAGCCCCUGGCAAACGGCCGAGGAGGCCUGGCCAUCGAACGCUUGCACAUUUAUCUAAAGAUUUUCAUGAAGCGACGCACGAAGGAUGUUCUGAAACUCAAUGCCAACCUCAAGCCUGGUGAAGAAGGAGGCGACGGGAAGAAAAAGAAAAACCCUGGUUUCCAGAUUGUGAAGAGAGAAGUUGUCAAGGUAGAGGCUGAGUUUAUGCCGGGUGAGAUGACCUUCUACCAGCGGCUUGAGCAACGGACAGAAAACAGCCUUGAUAAGAUGAUGGGUGGUACUAAGCUUGAUUAUGCCGGUGCUUUGGUCUUGCUCUUGCGUCUUCGCCAGUCCUGCAACCACCCGGAUCUGGUAAAGAGUGAUCUCGCCCAAGACAAAGACGUUCUUCUCCAGACUGGUCCCACCGGAAGCCAACAACCGGCUAAGAAGGAUGACCUUGACAGCAUGGCUGAUCUGUUCGGUGCACUCAGUGUCGUCUCCAAGAAGUGUGAUGUUUGCCAGACAGAUUUGAGCCAGGACCAAGCCAAGAACGGCAUCAGCAGGUGCAGUGCAUGCGAGACAGAUCUUGCAGGCAGCCUUGCCAACGAUUGGAAGCGGAGCAAGAAGUCUUCUCACAAGAAAGAUGAAGAUAGCCCACCGCCAUCACCUUCGGACCGUCGCUCUAAGGCUCAGAUUGCUCGAUCCCAGAGAAACAGAAAAAUUGUCAUCGACAGUGACGACGAGGAGGAAGAAGAUGGCGAAUGGAUCGUUCCCGAACACAAGCGUAAUAUGCCCAACCUUGGAAAAGCCGGAGGCUCGGAUGAUGAGAACGCCGAGGGAGGUGGUGAAUGGCUCAACUCUGAGGAUGAAACUGACUCGGAAGACGACGGACCUGAAUCUCCCACUCAGAAGCGCAAAAGUGCUGUUCACAUAAACCGCCGAGGCGAGGAAACUGACUCUGAGGAUGAGAUUUAUCUCAACCCUGACGAUGAUGACAACCAGGUCCUCCCAUCCACGAAGAUCAGACAUCUCAUGAAGAUCCUCUCACGCGAGUCCGCGGGCCACAAAUUUAUUGUGUUCUCCGUAUUUACCUCGAUGCUUGAUAAGAUCGAACCGUUCCUUAUGCGUGCCAAUAUUGGAUUUGCUCGAUAUGACGGUGGAAUGAGAAACGACCAUCGAGAGGCAAGUCUCAACAAGCUGCGAAACAACAGUGCGACCCGGGUUCUGCUGUGUAGUUUGCGUGCUGGUGCUUUGGGUCUAAACUUGACUGCCGCAAGCCGAGUGGUCAUUUUGGAGCCGUUCUGGAAUCCCUUUGUUGAGGAGCAAGCCAUUGACCGUGUUCAUCGACUCAACCAGACACAGGACGUCAAGAUCUACAAGAUGAUCAUCAAGGAGACCGUCGAAGAGCGUAUCAUCGACCUACAAGAGCGCAAGCGAGAACUGGCCAACCUCACCAUCGAGGGCAAGAGUGCUGCCGGCAAGCUCACCAUGACCGACAUGAUGGCCCUCUUUGGCAGAGAUGCCGAAUCUCGGUAUACAGGCAACCAAGAAGCUGUCGAUGUCGCUCAGAUGACCAAGCUCCUGACCAAGGACGAUGCUAUGAAGGGAAGUAUGCCUGACUCUUCUCGGGACCGAAGCCGUCAACAAGAGAAGCGGGCACCUAGAUCCGAGGAUUCUGUCUACGGACGACGAUGGUAAAAGACACGAUGUUAAUUUAUGAUGGGCAUAGAUCAUGGGGGUAAUUGAAAUGCAUAUUGGGAGGGAUUUCGGGUUGAGGCGUCAUGUUAUGGAUUUGGAUGUGAUUUUCGGUUGAGUCAAUAUGAUACAUUUCUUCUAAUUCAAUAUUUCUACUGGCUUUCCUGUCUUGGCCAGUGAGUUAAUGGUAGGUAGUCAACUGCUAGUAAGAUUAGACACGAAUGGACCAUUUAGGGAAGUUUGUCUCUGCCUUACACUCACUAGAGUUUUGCAACCAGCCUUAACUGCAU